CGAGCGGGGCGGCAGCGGCGGCGCCACAUCAGCCGCGGCGGCCUCGGAGGAAGAGGGGUCGUCACCCGGUGUUGUUGUGACCGCCGCUCGCUUGUCGCCGCAGUAUUUCCUGUUCGGAUUAUCUUUUGCUUCCCCCAGCUGCCUCCUCCUCCUCCUCCGCUCACCCACUCCUCCGGGUCCUGGGUCGCAGCUGCCCUCGGCUUUGGCCCGUCACCCCCGCCCGGGAACCCCUGGUGCCUCCCCUCCUGGGCUUCGGGGGAGCCCAGCAGAGACCAUGAGGAAAUUCAAGAAGGUGCUGGACGGCCUGACCGCCGGCUCCUCCUCGGCCUCACAGCAGCAGCAACAGCAGCAGCACCCGCCAGGGAACCGGGAGCCUGAGAUUCAGGAAACGCUCCAGUCCGAGCACUUUCAGCUCUGUAAGACUGUUCGCCAUGGAUUUCCCUAUCAACCUUCAGCCCUGGCCUUUGAUCCUGUACAGAAGAUCCUGGCAGUGGGAACUCAGACUGGUGCUUUAAGGCUCUUUGGUCGUCCGGGAGUAGAAUGUUAUUGCCAACAUGACAGUGGAGCUGCUGUAAUUCAGCUCCAGUUCCUGAUUAAUGAGGGAGCUCUUGUGAGUGUCUUGGCUGAUGAUACCUUACACUUAUGGAAUUUACGUCAAAAAAGGCCUGCCAUACUACAUUCACUUAAAUUUUGUCGGGAAAGGGUUACAUUUUGCCAUCUACCUUUCCAGAGUAAGUGGCUCUAUGUGGGUACUGAACGAGGUAAUAUACAUAUUGUCAAUGUGGAGUCCUUCACACUCUCAGGCUACGUCAUUAUGUGGAAUAAAGCCAUUGAACUAUCAUCUAAAUCUCACCCAGGGCCUGUUGUCCAUAUAAGUGAUAAUCCAAUGGAUGAGGGAAAGCUUUUGAUUGGCUAUGAAUCUGGAACAGUAGUCUUAUGGGACCUCAAAUCAAAGAAAGCUGACUAUAGAUACACAUAUGAUGAGGCUAUUCACUCUGUUGCUUGGCAUCAUGAAGGAAAACAAUUUAUUUGCAGUCAUUCAGAUGGUACCUUGACCAUCUGGAAUGUGAGGUCCCCUGCUAAGCCUGUACAGACAAUCACACCACAUGGAAAACAGUUAAAGGACGGGAAGAAACCAGAACCAUGCAAACCUAUCCUCAAGGUGGAGUUCAAAACGACGAGAUCUGGGGAGCCUUUUAUUAUUUUAUCAGGAGGUUUAUCAUAUGAUACUGUAGGAAGAAGACCUUGCUUAACAGUAAUGCAUGGGAAAAGUACUGCUGUGCUGGAGAUGGACUAUCCAAUUGUUGACUUCCUGACACUCUGUGAAACACCAUAUCCAAAUGAUUUUCAAGAACCGUAUGCUGUUGUUGUUCUUCUAGAAAAGGAUUUAGUACUUAUAGACCUUGCACAAAACGGAUAUCCUAUAUUUGAAAAUCCCUACCCUUUGAGUAUACAUGAGUCUCCUGUUACAUGUUGUGAAUAUUUUGCUGAUUGUCCUGUGGACCUUAUUCCCGCACUUUAUUCUGUUGGAGCUAGACAGAAACGUCAAGGUUACAGCAAAAAGGAAUGGCCCAUCAAUGGAGGUAAUUGGGGCUUGGGUGCUCAGAGUUACCCAGAAAUAAUUAUUACAGGGCAUGCUGAUGGGUCAGUUAAGUUCUGGGAUGCUUCUGCAAUAACUCUACAAGUAUUAUAUAAACUAAAAACAUCUAAAGUAUUUGAAAAGUCAAGAAAUAAAGAUGACAGACCAAAUACAGACAUUGUAGAUGAAGAUCCAUAUGCCAUUCAGAUCAUCUCCUGGUGCCCAGAAAGUAGAAUGCUGUGCAUAGCUGGAGUUUCAGCUCAUGUCAUUAUUUAUAGAUUCAGCAAACAGGAAGUGAUUACAGAAGUUAUUCCGAUGCUUGAAGUUCGGUUGUUUUAUGAGAUAAAUGAUGCGGAAUCUCCAGAAGGUGAGCAGCCACCACCUUUGUCAACCCCUGUAGGAGGUUCCAAUCCUCAGCCCAUUCCUCCACAGUCUCAUCCAUCUACCAGCAGCAGUUCAUCUGAUGGACUUCGUGAUAAUGUACCUUGUUUAAAAGUUAAAAACUCACCACUUAAACAAUCACCAGGUUAUCAGACAGAACUAGUUAUUCAGUUGGUAUGGGUGGGUGGAGAACCACCACAACAAAUAACCAGCCUGGCAGUCAAUUCUUCCUAUGGACUGGUGGUUUUUGGCAACUGUAAUGGCAUUGCUAUGAUUGACUACCUCCAGAAAGCAGUACUGCUCAAUCUGGGCACCAUAGAAUUAUAUGGCUCUAAUGAUCCUUAUCGGAGAGAACCUCGAUCUCCUCGUAAAUCUCGACAACCUUCAGGAGCAGGUCUAUGUGAUAUUAAUGAAGGGAUUGUAGUCCCAGAGGAUCGCUGCAAAUCUCCAACUUCUGGUUCUUCAUCACCACACAAUUCAGAUGAAGAACAAAAAGUGAAUAAUUUUAUAGAAAAGGUGAAGACCAAAAGCAGAAAGUUUUCCAAGAUGGUAGCCAGUGAUAUAGAACAAGCUGAACUGAUCUGUGGUGGGAAAAGUGUUUAUUUUGAAGGGCAAGAGMAGGGAUUAAGAGCAAAGAUGUCAAGGAAGUUAAGCUUACCUACUGACCUGAAACCUGAUUUAGAUGUAAAAGAUAAUUCCUUCAGCAGAUCACGGAGUUCAAGUGUCACAAGCAUAGACAAAGAAUCACGAGAAGCAAUCUCUGCUCUUCAUUUCUGUGAAACUUUUACUCGAAAGGCGGACUCGUCCCCUUCCCCAAGUCUGUGGGUUGGAACAACACUAGGAACAGUGCUUGUCAUUGCACUGAACCUUCCCCCAGGAGCAGAGCAAAGACUUCUUCAGCCCGUGAUUGUUUCUCCAAGUGGUACUAUAUUGAGACUUAAAGGUGCAGUCCUGAGAAUGGCAUUUCUGGAUACCACAGGCUGCUUAUUGCCACCGGCAUAUGAACCCUGGAAAGAACAUAAUGUUCCUGAAGAAAAGGAUGAAAAAGAAAAAUUGAAAAAACGGCGACCUGUCUCAGUAUCUCCCUCCUCUUCUCAGGAAAUUAGUGAAAACCAAUAUGCAGUGAUAUGUUCUGAAAAGCAAGCAAAAGUAAUCUCACUGCCAACCCAGAACUGUGCUUAUAAGCAAAACAUUACAGAGACCUCCUUUGUGCUUCGUGGAGAUAUUGUAGCAUUGAAUAACAGCAUCUGCCUUGCAUGUUUCUGUGCUAAUGGCCAUAUUAUGACUUUCAGUUUGCCAAGUUUAAGGCCUCUGUUGGAUGUGUAUUACUUGCCUCUCACCAAUAUGCGGAUAGCCAGAACAUUCUGCUUCACCAACAAUGGACAAGCAUUAUAUCUUGUUUCACCUACAGAAAUUCAGAGACUUACAUAUAGUCAAGAGACCUGUGAAAAUCUUCAGGAGAUGUUGGGUGAACUCUUCACUCCUGUAGAAACACCUGAAGCACCAAACAGGGGAUUCUUUAAAGGCUUGUUUGGAGGUGGUGCACAGUCCCUUGAUAGAGAAGAACUAUUUGGAGAGUCAUCCUCAGGAAAAGCUUCACGGAGUCUUGCACAGCAUAUCCCUGGCCCUGGUGGCAUUGAAGGUGUGAAAGGGGCAGCCUCUGGAGUUGUUGGUGAAUUGGCACGAGCCAGGUUGGCACUGGAUGAAAGAGGGCAGAAGCUUGGUGACUUAGAAGAAAGAACAGCAGCUAUGUUAUCAAGUGCAGAUUCAUUUUCUAAACAUGCUCAUGAGAUGAUGUUGAAAUACAAAGAUAAAAAGUGGUACCAGUUCUGACACCCAGAAUCCAAUUAAGUCCAACUUCAGCCAGAAGGAAAAAAAUUUCCUUUUUUAUUUCACUGAUUUAAGAAAGUUAACAUUCAACGGAUGUUCAUCGCUGAAUACUUUCUAGCACAAUCAUGMACUGUUUUACCUCAGUCAAUUGGCAUUAACUGAGGGGCAUUCACACACACACUCAAAAUGGAAUAUAUGGUGUGUGCAGGCUGUGAGUUGACAAUUUGGAUACUAACCAGGUCACGUGUGACAGAUGAAGAAACAAAAGGGGAAGCUGAGGAGACAUGGCAGGGACUAUUCCUUGGAUCAUUCCUGUAUUAAACUUUUAUAUGCCAAAAGAUUUCAUGCUGUUGUGUCUGCCAUCAGUGUUUGACCUGUUUUGGGGAGAGGCAAUAAGUCCAAAGUUCUGAAKCUGAAGUAGUUUGUGUCAUCGGACUGGAUUAUAAACAGUUGUAUUGGACUUUCCCUCCCUUAAAUUGACUGGUCAUCAGUAUCAUUAGUGAAAAAGAAACAAACUAUUUCCCUUUCUUUAGACUAAGCUGAAUGGUGGGCUUUAAAUAAUAAAAUCAUACACAUAGUUGACUUGUGUAUGGGCUACUCUUGGAUUCUUGUUAUUAUAUACUUGUGUUUAGUUCAUAUUUUGUCAAAAGCAAAACAAGGUGAUACAUCACUUUUCAUUGAAAAGAAAAGUGUAGAGCAUGACUGAAUUGCUCAUCAUUCUGGGAGUUUCCAUGUAGUGGCUAUGCAGUGUGGAAAGUAAGAAAAACCUCCAUUGUGGGGAGGAGAAUACUUCAAUGUCCUUUGUCCUCGUUCUCAUUAAUUCAGCUAAAGGUGGAUCUGACCAAAGUAGUUACUGGUUAAAUUUGUAGAAAAGUUGAAAUUGGCUAAGUUUUUAAUUUUGCUUGAAUUUUUAUAAAAUGUUUAACCAAAUGUACCUUUGCAUUAUUUAAUUAAAAUUGCUUUAAAAAAAAAAAGUUUCAUUAUUUCAGUAAAAUGCUCAGCUCCCCUUUUAAAAUGCCCUUUAUUUGCUAACAGUUCCAAUACACUCAGGUGAUGAGCCAAUUAAAUCUUAGUGCACAUGCUAUCGCAUGGAAAACUAUAAGCAUCUGUUGUCAAUAAGUAUCUAUAUAAGAGUCUAGUCUGAUGACCUACAAAAUAUUUGCUGUAUAAAUAUAAUAAAAAAUCUGUACAUAUCCUUUCAAGGUUUUAAAAAGCCAAAGAAAAGGAAAAUACUUACACUUUGGUAACAAAAUUAUUUCUGUAAUGGAAUACAAUGCAAAUUAAGAUAGCUGUGGACAAUGAAUGACUGGUUCAUAGAAUAGCAUUACAGACAGGAAAGUAAUCCAUAGAUCUGGAAGCAAGCAAUCUAAUAAUACAGGCUAAUCUGAGAUCAUAAUUGAUUAUUGUUAAAGCAGCAAAGGAAGAUCAAAAUAGAAGCAUUAAAAUUAAUGUUAAUGAAAUUUUAAUAUUGUCUUCUAUAAAAAUUGUUUUAAGUAAUUUUAUUUUUCAUUAAGAUAUUAUCUGAGCACAAAUUGACUGCAAACAUGAUUGUUUUUCUAUUCUAUAUGAUCAUUAAAGCUAUAUGUAGAACAUCUUUUUCAUGCACUCUGUUAUGCAUAUAUUCUUCCUUAUUCUUUUCACUAAGAAAACUUUUGUUUACAUUUUAUAAUGUGCACUGCAGGAUGAAAAAGUUUACAUCAAAGUUUACUUUAAAUAUUAUUGGAUAGGACCUAAAUAUAUGUGAUGUGUAAUACAGAUGAUAAAUCAAGUCAAAAGAAAUAUUUUUAAAAUACAGUCAUUUUCAAAAGUUUUUGGAUUUGUAGAAAGUGCUGAUGAAUAACGUACUUCUGUUUAGUUCGUAUCAGCUGUGUUUGAACAUUGAGCAGUUUACAAAUUACUUAUUUGUAUAUUAUCCAAUAGUAGAUCCAUUGUUCCAUGAUAUGUCACAGGAAAUAUUAGAUUAUUUUUAUAGGUAUAGUUUGGUGGUGAAUGCCAUCAGUAAAAUCAGCAGUAAUAGAUUUAAGAAAGUUAAGAAGCAUUAAGUAAAUUAAUAUAUUGAUUGAUUGUCCAUCCAUUUGGAAGGUCAUGUUAGCUUUAUUUAUUUUAUUUGCUGUGCUAUUUUUUGUUAUUUUAAUAUCAACUUUAUUUUUACUGUCAUUUUUCUUGUAUAUAAAAUGAACCAAACUUGUAAUUAUUUCCAAAUUAGAAAAGUAGAUGGACUAAAUAACCUGAGAUGGAUUUUAUAAGAAAAUCUUAAAUCAGUGUUUUGAGUUUUUUAUUUUAUUUUUAAAAUUAAUCUACAAAUCAUGUGCAACUAGAGACUCACUUAGCACUAAAAAGCUUAAACUACUUUUUUAGCAUAGGAAAUAAACUUCUGAGUUAACACUUGAUUCAGUCUGUAGAUAAGAGUCUGUGUUAAUAACUAACCCAGGGAAUUUAUUGUAAUUUGAGAGAUAUUUUUUUAAUGCAAAAAGUAGUAGUCACCAGCAAGCCAGGAUUUCAGGAAAACUAACCAAAACGGAAAAAAGAAAGAAAAAGAAAAGAAGAAAAUAAAAGAAAGGAGGUCAAAAUAGAAAAUAUCAGAAAGAUUAAAGAGUUUUGUGUGCUUUAUCCAUGUCAGUGUUUUUUGUUGCAUUUUGUUGCACUAAAAUCAUUGAAGUAUUCAUCAAUUAGCCUUUGUCAGUAGAAAGUGGUUUCCCAUUUACAUGCCACAUACCCAGUUUGUUUCACUUUGCAAAACUAAAAUCCAUAUACAUUGCUUAGAAAGUUAUUUAAAAUCUUAUACUAUUAACAAAUUGGAAUUUUGCAUUAACACCUUUGGUUUGCAUUUCAAUCAUAUGAAGUGUUUCCAAAAAGAUAUUAUAAAUUCAAAUAAGCUAAUUACUAACUUCUUAAUUUUUUAAUUUUUUAUGGAUGUGAAACAAUGCUGCUGUUUGUCUGUUAUUGUGUGUAAAUAUGUUGCAAUUUAAUUCAGCAUAAUACUUUAAAGAAAGAAACAUUUAUUUUACUUACAACUUCUUGUAGGUUCUUCUGAAGUUAUUUCAUGUAGAGAUAUGUGUCUUAAACAAGUCUGAAAGUGUUAUAUACUUUUAGGUUACAGGUGAUACUGCAGAAACAGCUGAGGAAAGGAAUAUGUGGAAGACACCACAGAGUUCAGAGUUUUAACUUGAGUUCUAUAUUCUAGAGUUUUACCUUGAGUUUUAUAUUCCAUGUAUGUUUUGCUUGAGGCAUUUAUCAUGUGACGAUGGAAAAGCUAUAUCCAAAGGUAAAUUUUUUGUGGCAAAGAUUUAUUUUACAUUUCAACUUUGGAGAUUUUGUUUAUUUGUUUCUGCAAAAUAAAGAGCACUGAACUUUAAACUUGAAUUUUUCUGCACUUUUUUAGGUAAGGAAAACUUUUAUUAUCAUUUAAUCCAUUUCUCAGUUAAAAUCAAGUGAUACAUUGUAAUAAAAAAUACCAAAAUCAUGAAUAUGCUGCUAGCUUUACCUUAAACAAACUAAUCAGUUUUAAAACCUUAUUUAAUAGGGUUUUAUAUAGUUAAAGAUAAAAAGAAGUAAAAUUAUUUCCUAUUUGUUUCAGUGUUCUUGGUCUUAAAUGAUUCCAACACUUUCAGAUUUGUUUUACAA